AUACUAUUUACAUAAAUAAAUGCUACUAAUCAAUCAUAAUUAUCCACUUAAUAAUUUAUUAAUGCAUAUAAUAUAAUGCGUGGGUCUGCACACCACCUUUGAAAUUUCUUUCCCUGAUUCGUUUCGUUCCCAAAUUGCUUCCUCCUUCAUGGUUUCAGGAAUCACGCGGAGCUUUGAGUUACCGUCAAAGUGUUAAAUCCCCAUAAACCUGUAUCUGGUGGCAUCUGCAACUGAAUUGCAUUCUGGAGCUGAAAAUUAACUUUUAAUUUACUCUCUGGUAUACUUUGUCAGGAAUGUUACUCUGUCAUUGGUAGUAGGUGGUGAAGUGAUUUUAGUCCAAUGGAGCAGUAUGAAGUUCUAGAGCAGAUUGGCAAAGGUUCAUUUGGUUCUGCUCUGCUUGUGAGGCACAAACACGAAAAGAAACUGUAUGUUCUCAAGAAGAUCCGCCUUGCUCGCCAAAGUGACAGAACCCGUCGGUCUGCCCACCAGGAGAUGGAGCUUAUAUCUAAAGUUCGAAACCCAUUUAUUGUGGAGUACAAAGAUUCCUGGGUAGAAAAGGGUUGUUUUGUAUGUAUCAUUGUCGGCUAUUGUGAAAGAGGAGAUCUGGCUGACGCUAUAAAAAAGGCUAAUGGUGUCAACUUUCCUGAAGAGAAGCUUUGCAAGUGGCUUGUCCAGUUGCUUAUGGCUCUGGAUUACUUACAUGUAAAUCACAUUCUUCAUCGUGAUGUUAAGUGUUCAAAUAUAUUCUUGACAAAAAAUCAAGAUAUACGUCUAGGUGAUUUUGGUCUUGCUAAAAUGUUGACAUCUGAUGACCUUGCUUCCUCAAUUGUUGGGACCCCAAGUUAUAUGUGCCCGGAGCUGCUUGCUGAUAUACCCUAUGGCUCCAAGUCAGAUAUCUGGUCUUUGGGAUGCUGUAUUUAUGAAAUGGCUGCUCUAAAGCCUGCUUUUAAAGCUUUUGACAUACAAGCGUUGAUUAACAAAAUAAACAAGUCUAUAGUAGCUCCACUGCCAACUAUGUACUCUAGUGCUUUUCGAGGGCUAGUCAAAAGCAUGCUGCGGAAAAAUCCAGAGCUUAGGCCACCUGCUUCAGAGUUACUAAAUCAUCCACAUCUUCAACCUUACAUUCUUAAAAUUCACCUAAAGUUAAAUAGCCCAAGAAGAAGUACUUUUCCAUUCCAAUGGCCUGAGUCAAACUACAUGAGGAGAACUCGGUUUGUAGUGCCAGACUCUGUUUCUACUCUUUCUGACCAAGAUAAAUGUUUGUCAUUAAGCAAUGACAGGUCCUUGAAUCCUAGUAUUUCUGGAACUGAACAAGAUUCUCAGUGUUUCACUCAAAAGGCCCAUGGAUUAUCCACUUCUUCAAAGGAGGUGUAUGAAGUAUCUGUUGGCGGUGCCUGUGGUCCGUGGAAUACUAACAAAACAAAGUCCCCAACUGUUGAGAGAACACCAAGAUCAAGAGCAGAUAAAGACUCCACCGCUGCCAGAAGGCAGACGAUGGGACCAUCCAAAAUAUCCCGUUCUGGUUCAAAGCAUGAUACACUUCCAGUCUCUCAUGCACCAUCUGUGAAGUUUCCCCCACCAACUCGUAGAGCAUCCCAUCCACUGCCUACAAGAGCCUCGAUGGCCAAAGCAACCCUUUACACCAAUGUUGGCACCUUUCCAAGAGUGGACUCUGAUGUUUCUGUUAAUGCGCCACAAAUUGACAAGAUUGCAGAAUUUCCAUUGGCCUCUUGUGAGGAUCUUCCUUUCUUCCCUGUUCAUGUACCAUCAUCAACAUCAGUCCACUGCUAUUCUAGCUCAGCUGGGAGUGCUUAUCGCUCCAUCACAAAGGAAAAGUGUAUUCAUGAGGGCAAAGUUACUGUCCCUGGUGGUUCAUGUCCAAAGGGAAGUGAAUGCUCUAAGCAUGUGACAGCUGGUGUUUCGAUCCAUUCCUCUGCUGAGUUGCAUCAGCGUCGGUUUGACACCUCGUCAUACCAGCAGCGUGCGGAGGCAUUGGAGGGUUUGCUGGAGUUCAGUGCCAGGCUUCUACAACACCAGAGGUUUGACGAGCUUGGGGUGUUGCUAAAGCCAUUCGGGCUUGAGAAGGUUUCUCCAAGGGAAACUGCUAUUUGGUUGGCCAAGAGCUUUAAAGAAACUGUGAUCUAAGGAAUAGCUCUUUUGAUCCAUACAUUUAUGAAGGCUGAUAUUGCUGGUUUCGUUCAUGUGCAAUUGGUCUUCAGGAAUAGAAAAGCAGCAUGGCCUUAUCAUAUUUUAAUAUGCUAGUAACAGUAUUUUUCUUUUCCUUCAAGUGUCUAGCCAAGAAAGAAUUGGCGUGCAUUUCAUUCCUCUUUUGGCUUUCACUGUGCUCCUAUUUUUUGUCAACAUUCCCUGCUUAUAUUUGGUCGUGUCAGGAGAGAUAUUUGUCGUGAAAAGUUAGGUUCAUACACCCCAAGGCUUAGGCUUAAACCGUUAUCCAAUACACAUCAGUUAGAGGAACAUUACAUUACAUGCAUCUAUUGACCCAUAUUAUUAUUAAAACUCCUUGAUCUCCUUUUCCUUGUCGAUGAUGUAUUCUUUUGACCUUUGGAUUAAGUAGCACAGUCACACCUGCACCACUGAUCUGGAAAGUGGAAACAAAGUCAGUGGGUUUGAUAAAAUAUUGGAUCUCUGAUAGAUUCUGAUCACAAUUUAAAUAUGGAAUUAACUUUAUUCUAAGCUAGCUUUAAGGA